AUGUCACAAGCAUUAAUUGAAGAUUUCUUAUCCGCUUUAACUAAUAUCAGUUCUUCGCCUCACCCUUACGCUGCUCUUGCAGAUUAUCUCACUCUAAGCGCAAAGACCGUUGCCUACGUCCUAAUCCGCCUAUGUGUGUGGCUGUUGGAUCAGCAGGUUAUUACAUUUCUUGGUACAUUUCUUAAUCCUGAAAAACUGAACCGAUGUAAAGUUGAUCAAGAGCCUUACUCCUACAUUGCACGCGACGAAGGUGUUUUGCGUGGGGCAGUUGUACCACAAAACGUCAAGACUCGAGUUCCUCCUCUUCUUGUCUGCUUUAUGAACUUCUCAUUCUCCUUUCUGGCACUAGUUGCUGUGAUCUUUAUAUUCUCCAUUUUCAUCUUCAUUGAUGUGGAACAGCGAAAGACAGUUGGCAUUUUGGAUCUCGUCAAGAUUGAUCUUCAUAAUUUGGAUCGCGAUGGAGCUGGAUUCGACUUGAUUAAAGCUUUUGUCACCUUACAGCCUCUCGUCGGCGUCAUAUCACUCACGGUAAUUCUGAUCUUUGAAAGAAUCAUCUGA